GCCUUCCCUGGCCAUCUCUGGGGCCUAGCGCCGCCGUUUCGGUCCUUUGUCUACGGUCUUGGUCACGCGAGGCAAGCGGCAGACAGGGCGCCAGACCUGGACUUGCCAGCCCGAGCCCGGGAGUUGGCGGUGAAGGAGGCCGGGGAAGCGGGCGAUGAGGAGGCGUGGCUCGACUUCGAGGAACGGGCACUACAGCGCUGUGGUGCCUGGCGGGGCCCGGAGGUGGUGCAGGUCCUGCAUGCAUGCGCAGUGGCACAAAGGCGGCCAAAGCGUUUGCUCGCCAAGCUUUCGAAGGACAUCCCCGACAAGAUGCCCCAGUUCGAUGUGUCAGCACUGUGCGUUUGCUUGCACACCUUCGCACAGCUGCGCUCCCGAGACGCUUCCUUGUUCUCGGUGGUGACACGACGACUGCUGCAGCCCGAUCACAGGGAGGAGCUGGGCCCAUCUCAUCUCUCCUCGCUGCUUUAUUCGCAUGCGCGCAUCCUUGCUUUUGACAAAGGUCUCGUGAGGCUCGCACAGAAGAGCCUGUCGGACGACCGCCGUGCUUUUGAACUGGAGGACUUGGCGACGGUGCUUCAAGCAUUCGCGACGCUGCGUGCAGAGGACGUCCGCCUCUCCGGGAACAGCGCACGUCGCGUGGCGAAGGCAGCAGCCGCAGCGCCGCUGCCACUGCUGGCGGACCUUCUCGAGGGUCUGAUUUCUGAUUGCUUGGCGGUUGAACGGUUGCGAGAUGCCUCAGCCAUCCUCAGCCUUUCGUCGCUGGUGGCCGGAGCUCUUACUGGGUUCCUGGUCAUCUUUCGCGACGUCAGUUUCGCGUUGGUCUACUGCGCACCCAAAGUGCUGCGCCCACAUCAGGCAGCGGUAACUGCCUCGCUGCUGCUUUCUUCAGCAGUCGCUCAAUGUGUGUAUUCUUGGCGGCACAGCUUUCCCACAGUCGUGGCCUGCGCUUCCUCCUUGGCUGUUCCGUUUCAGAGCGCUGUUUCUGCAUCGAUUGCGAGCUCCUUGGGCCGACGCUCCGAGUCAGUUCUGGCAACAGUUCUGGCAACCUUCUCGCUGACGGCCCUGGUCUACGGACUACUGGUCUUCCUCCUUUCCUUCGUGCCCAUCCUGGACCAUCUCAAAAGCGCCUUCCCGCAGCCGGUGAUGUGCGCCUUCUUCCUGGUUGCAGGUAUCGGCAUGCUUCAGGGUGCGCUGGAGCUGGUGAGCGGGCAGCCUCUGUUUGGCGGCCGUGACUUCCAGGCAGCUGCCUACGCCCAAAUGACUCUUACUGUCCUCGUGGGCGCUGCCAACCGGGCGGGAUCCAAGUGGCUGCGACACUUCGCUGUGCUGCCGGCGAGCCUUUGCCUUCAGAUCGUGGGCUUUUUCCUUGGCCUGGGCCUCCUUGGCGAGGACUUGGGCACCGCGAGGGAAGCAGGCUGGCUUUGGGAGCCCAUGGCGCCCAUGGGGCUGGCAGGUCUGCCAGAUCCGUUUGAAGUGGAGUGGUCGGUGGUCAGAUCUCAGCUGGGCUCGGUCCUCUCCUUGGUGGUUAUGCUUGUCGUGGACUUGAUGACCACGCUGCUUCCCCUUGAACUGAUGACACCAACGAAAUCGAUCAAGAUGGAUGACGAGUUUCGCAUUGCUGGCUGCUCUUCGCUGGCGGGAGCUGUCUUCGGCAGCGUCUCGUAUGUGUCGCUGUCACCUACACGGCUGAAUGUGGAUGCCGGUGGUACCGGACGUGAAACUGGGCUCAUUUCCGCUGCACUUUGCGUAGUUUGGAUCUGGCUCGGGCCAGCGCUCACCGCCGCUGUGCCAAAGUUCGUGGUUGGAGGCAUGCUUUGCCACCUGGCCUUUGGCUACAUACUGGAUGGUCUGUGGGAACCGAGGGCGCUGCUGUCUCUCGGGGACUACGCUAUCAUCCUGGCCAUGGUGCUCUACUACCUGGCUACAGACCUUGUGCCUGCGAUUCUGGUGGGUUUGGCCCUCUGCAGUUUCAACUUCAUGCUGCGCUACUCACAGAGCGGCCCCUUGGAGUUCGUCACCACUGCAGGCGAGGCUGCCAUGUUUUCGAACCGCUAUCGCCCUGCCGACGACCGCUUGUAUUUGAAGACCUCUCCAGGCAUCGUGGUAGCUCGCACCUUCUGCAGCCAGCUGUUCUUCGGCUCCAUCGCAGCCAUUCUCGGGGAGGUCGGCCCUUGGCUGAAAGAGGGUCGCUUCCUCUUGCUGGACUUGUCCAGCUUACGCUCCAUCGACUCGUCCGCUUUGGCGGGCUUUCGGAAGCUGCCGCCACACGUCCAGACCGUCGCGGUGGGGCUGCCUCUGCAGCUGGAGACGCAACUCCGAAGUGCAGGCCUUCCGGUUUGCAUCUUCCAGUCCAUCGACGAAGCCUUGGAGUGGUGCGAGGACCAUGUUUUGAAGUUCAGGUACCUGGACGUGAACCCGACGGACCUGAACUCGCAGCUCUUGGGUCGUCCCAGCAACAACCCGUCCUUGCCUGCGCCGGAUAAACUAAGGCUUGAUGCUUCCGCAGUCUCUGCAGCCGUCACCCGGGCCUUGGGCCCUGGUCUCCAGGACUUGGAGGAUCUGCUGGAACAGCUACCUGUAAAAGCCAGGGAGGUUGUGUUUCACGAAGGCUUGGCGGCCGAAGGUCUCUAUGUCGUCGCUGGUGGCGCGUUGCAGAUCCAGCACGGUAGCCAGCGCGGUAUCGUGCUGGGGCCAGGAGAGGUGGCCGUGGAUGUCAACAUCAAGCGGAUCUUCGGACAGCUGCCUGUUGCACGCCGCGGCAAGCCUGUGUCAGCGGGCGAUCUUCUAUGCGAGGCUGCGCUGUACGGGCCUAUGCUUCACACCUGGUCGCUCAUCGCGGACACGCCGUCGCUUCUCUUGUUGCUCAGACGAGACAGGCUUCUGCUCGCUGAGCAGCGAUAUCCGCAGGCUGCCAUUGCGUUGCACCGUCGACUUGCGGUGUCCCACAUGCAGAAAACCGGCACAUGGCCUGCCGUUGAACCCGACGUCCCGUCCUCGCGCCGGACUGCCAGUCUUUGA